UACUCACCUUGCUCUUAGAUCUCAAUAAAUGCAGAGAGGGGAAAGGGAACGUCAACUGUGAAGCGAUCUUUCUAGCCAGUGAAACCAGCUAUAGUCAGCCUAAAACAUGGAAACCUUGGAAUACCAUGAACUUGUUCAGAGAUACUAUGGCUCUCGCCUGGAGAUACAUGGUAAUCUAAAGACCAGUGCAUCAUGCAUGUCACCAUCCACCCCAAUACCCCAGAGCACUUUUGAUGCACUUCGACUAGUCCACCCCUCGGUCUGCAAAAAAUAUUCUGGUUGUGGGCUGGUUGUUCCUGAGAAGCUACAGGGCUGUAAGGUGCUGGAUCUGGGCAGUGGCUCUGGCAGAGACUGCUUCAUUCUCAGUAAACUAGUGGGCCAGAGCGGUCAUGUCAUCGGCAUUGACAUGACAGCAGAACUGAUCCUGGCAUCACGCAAAUAUGUCCAGUACCACCAGGAGAAGUAUGGCUACGAGAAGCCCAACACCAUAUUUGUGCAGGGUUACAUAGAGAAACUGAGUGAGACGGGAAUACAGAGUGGUUCGCUGGAUGUUCUGGUGUCAAACUGUGCCAUGUGUCUGUGUCCUGACAAGAAGCCGGUUCUCAGGGAGGCUUUCAGAGUGCUCAAGGAGGGUGGGGAACUUUACUUUAGUGACAUAUAUUCCAGCAAGGCUGUUCCGGAACAUUUGAAACAAGACCCAGUUCUGUGGGGUGAAGGCUUGAGUGGUGCCCUCUACUGGCGAGACCUGAUCUCUCUAGUGCACGAGGUGGGCUUUAGUACUCCAUACCUUCUCACUGCAAGCCACAUCAUAGUCCACAAUAGUGAGCUACAGAAGAAAGCAAGUGGCAUCACACACACCUCUGCAACUUAUCGCCUCUUCAAGUUGCCCAAAAAUAGAAAGCAGAGCGACGCAGUUGUGGCUUACAAAGGAACGGUCCCUGACCAUCCCGACCUACUCAAGUUUGACAUGUAUCAUUGUUUUGAGACAGACAUAGAGGUAACCGUGGAUGCAGAAAUGGCAGCCGUGCUUCAGCAUUCCCGAUUCUCCUCUGACUUCUCCAUCCAAAACUCAGACAAACCUGCACCAAGCCCUAAAUGUGCCCCUCAGGUAAACCCCAUACUAUAUUUCCUCUGGGCUAUCCAGAAACCAUCAUGCAUUUGUAUAUUUUUCCACCACACAUAUAGACCAUAACAAUAUGUGCUACAUUACAUAAAGAGAAAGAAAGAGAAAUUCUAGUCAGCAAUUCUUAUCAUUGUAAUUAAUAAAUCCUCAUACGUUGAUCCUAUGGUCUUGUAUCUGGCAGGGGUACAUGUUCUCUGUUAUGUAGAAGUACAGCACUUUCAGCCCCUUCAUCCCACUCAGGUCACAGCAUCACUCUGAGCAGGAGGAGGAGGCUUACCACACAGCUCAGCCCACUCAGUGUCUCAAAAGCCCUACUGCCGAAUAGAUAGCUAUAUGCAGUAGUCUGCAAGCACCAGUAGCUAAUUCUCUUCCUCUCUCCUCUCUCUCCUC